CAACUUCGCAACCUCCACACAUACACAACAUGACUUCCCAACCAUUGCCAACUCCGAAUUAUGAUGAAGAGGUCGAUUUUCAGGCGCUCGCGAUGACCGAUCCCGACUUUGCCAAAUUCUACGAUGACGCAAACGGUCAUGUCAAUUUUCAAGACCCAAAGGCAUUGCAACAGCUUACAAAGAGUGUGCUGAAACGCGACUUCAAUAUCGAGCUUGAGCUUCCCGAUGACAGAUUAUGCCCGCCUGUUCCCGUGAGGUACAACUAUGUUCGAUGGCUGCAGGAACUACUCGACUCCACCGAUAAUUCCGAAGAUUUGGAGAAGAAAGAUAUAAUUGGCUUGGACAUUGGUAUCGGCGCAUCAUGCAUCUACAGCCUGCUAGCCUGCGCUUUACGACCAACUUGGAAGAUGCUAGGCACAGAUAUCGACCCCUCGAACUUCAACAAUGCAAACGACAACAUAAAAAGAAAUAAUCUCGAAUCUCGAAUCAGUACUAAGCUAAACGUCGCCGAGGAUGCCUUGAUCAACCCAAAGGCGUUUGGAGUGGACAAACUCGACUUCACCAUGUGUAAUCCUCCUUUUUACUCGAGUGCGGAGGACAUGGCGGUGAGUAGUGCGGGCAAGAGUGGUGCACCUAGUGCCGUGUGUACGGGUGCGGACGUGGAGAUGAUCUGUGAGGGCGGUGAUGCUGGCUUCGUACUGCGCAUGGUCGAGGAGAGUAUAGAACUGGGCAACACUGUCAGGUGGUACACGAGCAUGCUCGGGAAACUCUCUAGUGUGCAUCAAGUCAUCGAUCGUCUGAAGGAGAUCGGUGUCACCAAUUGGGCUGUCACUCUACUCCGAGCGGGUAACAAAACCAGACGAUGGGCUGUGGGUUGGAGUUUUGGAGACAGGAGACCAAGCAACGCAAUCGCCAGAGGCAGUGAUGUCGGCACCCACAUCUUGCCCUACCCAACAGCUCAAACCAUCCACACCAUCGGAUUUACACGAUCUGAAGCUGCAGACUUACUGAACGACACGCUCAAACAACUCGACCUUCAGUGGUCUUGGAACGCCGAAGAAUGGGUAGGCCAUGGCGCUGCCAGUCAAAACGUAUGGUCUCGCUCAGCAAGACGCAAGCGUAAGAGAGUGGAGAUGGAACAGGAAGACGGGCAGGAGUCGAAGCCUGAGCCCGAAGCUCCCAAGAAAGAGUCUGCUGAUGUGGCAUUGGAGUUUGAUAUCGAAGUCAAAGAAGGUGACAUGGAAGUUCGUUGGCGACAGGGCAAAGACAGCAUUUUAUUCGAGAGCUUCUGCGGUAUGCUGAAGAGGGCGAUGAAGCAAAAGUGAUUAAGAUAGAAGCAGAUAGCCAAGACUUGUAUGAUCAACCUUUACUCACAGCC